GAGAUGCGAAUCCUGAGGGUUCUGCGGCCGGCCCCCACCGACUAGACCUUCUAUUUUCUGUGAUUUCUACGGGCUGCGAACUGCUUUGGAGCGAUCCUAGGAGACCAUCGUCGCAAACACAAUGGAGGCAGUGACCCUGGAGGAUGUGCUUGUGAACUUCACCCUGGAGGAGUGGGCUGUGCUGAAUCCAUCUCAGAAGGAGCUCUACAGAGAAGUGAUGUGGGAAACAUUUAUGCAUAUGACUGCUGUAGGAAUGACCUGGGACAACCAGCAAAUGGAAGAAUACAAAAACUGCUUAAGAAAUCUGAGAAAUGAAAAAGUAUCACCAUUUGAUCAAAAUACAGUUUGGAAUCAACACGAAAAAAUACUAUUUUGGGCAUCAUAUGAGAAUGUGGAGAUUAAACGGGCUGCUCCAAAGCCAGCUGAAAACCUUCUUUAUAGAAAGCCCCCAGCUGGGCAUUUAUUAAUAAAUGCAUUUGCUUUACCUCACACUGGACUGAAGCACCAUGAGUAUGUGGGAUUUGAUGAGAAACUAAGUAAUUCUAACGAACGUGGAAAACCCUGCAGUGAUUUCCAGUCCUUUCAGAAGCCUGUGAGGAGAAAGACUUGCGAGAAUCCCUAUCAAUAUGAGCAAAGUGGGAAAGCCUAUUAUGAUCUUAGGGAAAGAACUCAGCCCGGAAUGGAGACCUUUGUAUGCAAGCAAAGAGGAAAAGGCUCCAGCAUUCCCAGUGGUGUCAAAAUCCAUGAAAGAAUUCACACUGGUAAGAAAGAAUAUGUAUGUGAUAAAUGUGGAAAAGCAUUCACUACACUGAGUUAUUAUAAAAUACACGAAAGAAUUCACACUGGGGAGAAACCAUACGUUUGUAAUCAAUGUGGGAAAGGAUUUGCUGCUGUGUCUGCACUUGGUACACAUAGACGAACCCACACAGGUGAGAAACCCUAUGUAUGCAAGCAGUGUGGGAAAGCAUUCAGCAGCAUGAUGUAUUGUAAAAUACAUGAAAGAAUUCACACUGGGGAAAAACCGUAUGCAUGUAAGCAGUGUGGAAAAGCAUUCACUGCCAUGAGUGUUUGUAAAAUACAUGAAAUAAGUCACACUGGGCAGAAACCUUAUUCAUGUAAGCAAUGUGGGAAAGCAUUCACUACUAUGAGUUACUGUAAAAUGCAUGAAAGAAGUCACAGUGGUGAGAAACAAUAUGUAUGUGAGAAAUGUGGAAAAGCAUUCAUUACACUGAGUUAUUACAAAAUACAUGAGAGAGUGCACACUGGCGAGAAACCCUAUGCAUGUAAGCAAUGUGGGAAAGCAUUCACUACUCUGAAUUAUUGUAAAGUACAUGAAAGAAAUCACACUGUUAAAAAACUGCAUGUAUGUGAUAAAUGUGGAAAAGCAUUCACUACACUAAGCUAUUAUAAAAUACAUGAAAGAAUUCACACUGGGGAGAAACCCUAUGUGUGUAAGAAAUGUGGAAAAGCAUUCACUGCCAUGAGUGUUUGUAAAGUACAUGAAAUAAGUCACACUGGGGAGAAACCCUAUGUAUGUAAGCAAUGUGGGAAAGCAUUCACUACUCUGAGUUACUGUAAAAUACAUGAAAGAAUUCAUUUUGGGGAGAAACCCUAUGCAUGUAAGCAAUGUGGAAAAGCAUUCACUGCCAUGAGUGUUUGUAAAAUACAUGAAAGAAUUCACACUGGGGAGAAACCCUAUACUUGUAAGCAGUGUGGGAAAGCAUUCAGUACUCUGAGUUACUGUAAAAUACAUGAAAGAAUUCACACUGGUGAGAAACCAUAUGUAUGUGAGAAAUGUGGGAAAGCCUUCUCUACACUGGGUUACUGUAAAACACAUGAAAGGAAAUCACACUGUCAAAAAACCGUAUGCAUGUGAGAAAGUUGAAAAUCAUUCACUACACUAAGGUCUUGUAAAAUACAUGAAAGAAUCUAUGCAGAGGAGGAAUCAUAUGCAUGUAAACAAUAUGGGAAAACAUUCAGCCAGCAGUAAAUUUAAAGUGCAUCAAAGAGUUGACAGUUGGGAUAUAUAUCACGCAUGUAAGCAAUGUGGAAAAUCAUUCAUACACCACUUCCUGUCUCAUUGAUAUCUCGUGCUGGGAGAAACCGUAUUCUGUGUGUGGGCCGUGUCAAAAGGGAUUGAGCUCACACUGGAGCUAAACCUUUUGUGUAAAUUUUUGUAAGCUUUAGUAUAUACAAAUAUUGUCAAAGACAUGAGCUUACACAGGUUAGUAACUACAUGAUUAAAAUAGUUGGAAAAUAUUUUGAUAAGGUAUCCUGUGCCUAGAUCUCACACUGAUUUGAUUUUUUUUAU